AGGCCGUCCCUGCGAGCCAAGCGAUGUAUGCGCUGCGAACAGCGCAUUAUGGCCCAACCGAGGGCCUGGUUGAUGACGACGCGCUACCCAGAAAUACCUUACACAGUGUCUACAAGUUUGGCUGGUGUACACCUGAUGUAAUUCAAAAAGUAUUUUUGCGCAAAAGAGCCAACAUCACAUUGUCAGACUUUCAGUCAACACAAGCUACUUACAUUUAUUUAUUAGAAGAUGGAGAGACAAUAAGAUACUGGCUUGCAUGCAUCGUGAUGAAGAUCUACGUGCCUCGCAAGUUCAUGUUCCGAAAAAGUCGUUUGCCACUGUACUACUGUCAAGGAGACCUGCAUUUCGUAUGGAAGCUGACGUUCCAAAAAAUUGACCUACACGAGUUCUAUCUUCACUACCUCCUUAACAUACCAGCGAACUUCUUCUUUGAAUUCUAUCAUGCUACUCCUUUAUAAAGUUACUAGUGGUUGCCCGCGACUUCGUACACGUAUAAUUUGUUUUAUCGUUAACGGGCUAACUGCCAAUUUUAAAUCCCUCCCUCAACAAACAAACUCUUCAGCUUUAUUAGUAUAGAUAGAAGAUAGAAGAGAUAUUGCUAAGAUUAAAUUGUUCAUAAACCUCCAUAUAAUAUUUCUCAUUAAAUAAAGUUUAGUUGCGGCA